UAAUUUCUCUUAACCACUAAGUUUCCAGAAUUUCCUAGGCACGCAUAUUUUGGCGUCAAAGGUUGUCACCGCGACCCUAGUGCUGCAAGUAUGUCGACAGUGCUGCCCACGUCAGAGUGGGAGGCGCGUACCUCAGACAUAUCUCAGUCGACACCUUUUUCGUCCUCGCAACCUUCGAAGCCACAGCGGGUGCUAGCGUGUGUACGCUGCCAGCAGCGUAAGAUCAAGUGUGAUCGCAGAUUUCCUUGCGCAAAUUGCAACACUUCUCAUGCGCAGUGUGUGCCGGCGACACUGGCCCCACGAGGCCGGCGAAGACGCCGGCUUCCGGAGCGAGAGCUGCUGGAACGUCUUCGCAAGUACGAGGACUUACUCCAUCAAAACAAUGUAAAAUUCGAACCGCUUCACAAGGAUCCGGCUGAGGAGAAGAAAUCUACCAACACGCAGGGCGGUGAUGAAUCAGACGGCGAGCAACCAGAGGCUUCGGGGGCGGAUUGGUCGUUUCAUUCAACAGCUGCCAAGCCUGAACGAGUAUAUGAGGCCAAGAGCUUCUGGCACGCCCUAAAUUUAGGAGUCCAAGCCUCCGGCAGUGACAGCGAUUCUUCACACGAUGAGGUGCUUGAGGUGGUGGUUAAGAAGGGAUGGGUCCAGUUAUUUGGAGAAAAUGACCACCUUUUAUUUGGUUCCCGUAUUAAAAACGUCGAUCUCUCUACUUUACACCCUUCACCAGUCCAGAUUUUCAGGCUUUGGCAAAUUUACCUGGACAACGUCAACCCGCUGCUCAAGGUCACACAUACUCCCAGCCUGCAAGGACACAUCAUAGAAGCUGCUAGCAACGUGACAAAUAUCAAGCCCACCCUAGAGGCGCUUAUGUUUAGUAUCUACUGCAUGGCCAUUCUUAGCCUUGCUGUGGACGACUGCCAGGCCAUCUUUGGUUCGUCAAAGGACGACCUUUUGAUACAGUUUCAGUUCAGCUGUCAGCAAGCUCUACUGAACUGCGGCUUUUUACGAUCUAGUGAUCGCGACUGCUUGACCGCAUUUUAUCUCUACUUAGUCUCGGUUAGACCUAGUACAGUUCCUCAAUCUCUCUCCGCCAUGCUUGGCGUUGCGAUUCGCAUUGCGCAACGUAUGGGUAUUCAUAGCGAGUCUGCCUUAGCUAAAUGCACCGCUCUCGAGGCUGAACUACGCCGAAGACUUUGGUGGUCUCUCGUACUCUUCGACACUCGGAUUAGCGAGAUGGCCGACCACAAAACCGCAACGCUAGCUCCCACCUGGGACUGCAGGAUUCCUCUCAACGUGAAUGAUUCUGACCUCCGACCAGAGAUGAAAGUGCUACCGGCGGUUCAGGAGAAGUCCACCGAUGCACUCUUUGCUGUUGUGCGCAGCGAGCUUGGGGAGUUUGUCCGCCACACAAUGUUCCACCUUGCCUUUACCAGCCCGGCUCUGAAACCCAUUUUUAAGACUGCUCUGAAUGGUCUCAUCCAAGAAGCUGAUGAGUUGACUACUCUCGAGAAGACGAUUGAGGACAAAUAUCUCAAAUUCUGUGACCCAGAGAAUCCACUCCACUUCAUAGCGAUCUGGUGGACACGAGCAUACCUUGCUAAAUGCCGCCUCCUGGAACACCAUUCGAGAUAUUCAAACUCAUCUGUCCAACAGACGGAUGCGCAGUGCGACGCGGCCAUUUCCCAUGCGCUUCGCAUGCUCGAGUGCGAUACGCAGUUCAGGACCUCACCCCUUAUCAAACGAUUCCUCUGGCUAGCGCAUCUCUACUUCCCAUUUCCUGCAUACAUUCAAAUUAUUCAAGACCUGAAAAGGCGACCUGGCAGUGAGCAUGCUGAACAGGCUUGGGAGGUUAUGAGUGACAACUACGAGGCUCGGUUCGGUUUUCUAUGCAAAGAUAGCGAAAGCCCUCUCUUCAAAAUUUUCACCAAAAUUGUCCUCCAGGGCUGGGGCGCUCGCGAAGCAGCCCUCAGUCAAUUAGGAGAGCCGUUAAUGCCACCAAGGAUUGUGUCAUCCAUCAGACAGAGAGUGGCGCAAAUAGCCCAAAAUGCACAAACGCCGGACACACACCAUCCCCACGUUAUGGGUAUAGGCAUUGACAACUUUCCGAUGUCGAUACCGAUAGCCAGCAUAGGCUCCGGAGGGCAAGGCGGGUACGGAGCAAUUAGGCCGGGAGAAUAUCCUAACGCACUCGGACAGGCUCCAAUAGAUGUUGAUGUGGGUUCUUUAGACUGGGCUGCGAUGGACUCGAGUUUUAGGGGCAUGUAUCCGGGAGUCUGGGAUGCAGAGCUUUAACUUCGGAUGCUAGGGGGGAGAUCUCUAAUUUUGUUCAAGAGUAUCAGCAGAGGUGCACCUAGGACAGACCAUUGUGUACGGUAGUGGAAAUUUAGAGUGGUUUUAAAAUGGGACGGAAGGAUGAUGCCUCUGUCGAAAGCCCUUUUGUACUGCGUCAACACCUGAUUCUUG